AUUGCUCAGCAAGUUUGGUAUAUGUUAACUGAUUGUCAUAUGAACAGAUAUUUUUGUGCAAAACUUUUUGAACAACCCAACUAAUACUUUUGAUAAUACUGUUGCAUAAUCAAGGUUACCACAGUUACAGUAUAACACACCAACAAACUUAGUUUGAACAAUAUAGUUAUUGCAGUUUACUAAUUGUCUUAGGCUUAUGCUAAUACAUUAAUAAUGAGACUUGAUUAAUUUCUAAUAAUAUAUUCUGAUGCAGUUUAUGUAACAAUAUAAUAAUACUUUAGAACAUGCACUUGGCAUUAAAUGGCAUUAGAAAUUAGAAGCUCAACUUAAAUGGAUAGAAAGAAUUUUCAAAUACCUGAAUUUUAAUGAGUUGUCUUUAAUUUGAUUGUAAUACAAGGUGGAUGAUGUGUUUAUAAGAAUACAUGUACAUUUUAAGCAUCAAAUGUGAAGAUAGAUAAAGUUAAAAUCAGCCUGAUAAUGGAUAUAUUCUAUUUAACACUCCUGCUGCUGAUCAGUAUUUCAACAACAGAAUCAGUUUUUAAAGAUGAUUGCUUAAGUCGUCACAAUGAGUUACGUGUGGAGCACACAGACACUCCCCUCAUGUCCUAUGAUGACACUAUAGCAACACAGGCCCAAGCUUAUGCUCAAGACCUUGCAGAUCGGGAUGCAUUUGAACAUUCGGGAGUGUCAGGUUUUGGAGAGAAUCUCUACAUUGUGUCAAGUUCUCGGAGUAUCUCUGGUGAUCAUUGCAGAGCUGCCACUCAGGCAUGGUAUGAUGAGAUCAGCCUUUAUGACUAUGAUAACCAUGGCUUCAAGUCUGAAACUGGACAUUUUACACAGGUGAUUUGGAAGGGGACUCUGCAGUUGGGAUGUGGAGAGGUCAAGUAUCAGUCACCAAAUGGCCAGUUCAAAUCUGUAGUAGUGUGCCAGUAUAAGAGUCCAGGCAAUGUCAAAGGGCGCUUUCCACAGAAUGUUCUACCUCUAAAACCAACCGCAGCUGUACACUACAUGACUCCUCACAUUGGUGGACUUAAUGGAGAGACCAGAAUAACCAUAUUUGGACGAGGAUUUGCCAAGAACCAGUUUAACUUUGACAAAGGCAAUGAACAUGUUGGGAAUUCUGUUACAUUUGUGUCCCAGAAGACCUCAUACCCAUGUAGAAUUCACAAAGAUGGGAGCAAUGAGAAACAGAUACAAUGCUAUACACAAGCCAUGCCCCAUGGAUUUUACUAUGUCAGAGUCGCUAUUGAUGGUGUCAUGAUCCCGAACAGUAAGUUAUGCAACAACCGGCCCAAUGGUUACCAUUGUAGAUUCCUAACUUACAAAUGGCACACUCCAUUGAUUGAUAGACUGACUCCCAGGUCUGGACCCCCAGGCACCAUUGUUGAUAUGCGGACUCUCAUGUUCACUGAUCGCUAUGGCAGCAAUGAUGAGAAGAGCAGUAAUGGGAAAACAACCGACAUCAAAAGGGUCUAUUUUGGCGGUCAGAAAUGUGAGCUUAGAAAACGGGAUAAUGUUACUGGAGAGUUAACGGAUGAAUUACAUGGUCUGUUCCUGGAUGACCCAGAUGGUGAUGGUGUCUCUACUUCAGAUUGGGGUCACCUCAAGUGUCAGAUGGAAGGUACCUAUAUAGGCAGCAUUAAUGGUAGCAUCAUAGUUGGAAGUCAUUAUGGGAGAUCUCGGACAAAGACCAAUCUACUUCAUGUCACUUCAAACAACAAAAUAGCCAUGUUCCAGACUUACGCAGAGGUGAUUGGAGUGACACCAAGUACUGGCAGCCUGGCUGGAGGAACAAAGAUUACAAUAUCAGGCAGGAACUUUGAUGAAACAAAUGCACCCGCAUUAGCCGAAAUAUCAGGUGUACCAUGCAUGGUGGAGAAUGUCACAGAUACGGAAAUUGUGUGCAUCACUGGGUCUGAACCAGCUAACUUCACACUGUAUUCAGGCAACAGAGGGAUGUACAGGGAGAUCUUCAACCAUGCUUUAGUUCAGUUCGGUAAUCUGGCUCAAGUCUUGAACUACAAUGCUAGCCUAGCUGCAAGUAUUGAUUGGUUUGAUGAGGGGUACUGGUCUGAAAAUAAACGCAAUGGAUUCAAUUCUAGAAACCGGGCAUAUUUUGUACCAACUGUGGAUGGAGAGUAUAUGUUUUAUGUGAAAUCAGAUGACCCUUCUAGGUUGUAUAUGAGUCCAAAUGAAGAUCCAUCACAAAAGGUAGAGAUUGCUUUCUCUGACAGAUAUCGCAGAUAUUAUAAUCAUGCAAGCCAAAAAUCAGAAAGAUUUACACUAAAAGCAGGCAAAAAGUAUUACUUGGAGGCUGUACAGUACGAAGGUGUUGGUGGUGAGAUGGUUUCUAUUGCUGUGAAAAUGUACAAGACAACAUUCAUGAGUCACCAAUCGAAAGAUGUUCAUUCAGAGUUACAAGAAGUAACGAUUCACGCUGACUUUGCUCUGGAACAACAGGUUGUAGAAUUAAAGAAUUGGGCCAGUCAAGCCUCCAUUAAUGAGGUGCAGAUUGUUACUGUGAAGUCUCUUGUAGGAGCAAUAAGGCUUGGGAUGGAUGGAAUAUAUACAGGAUUUGUUGAUAUUGGAAGUGAUGACUGUGCCAGUGUGAUAGAAACUGAAUUGAAUAAAUUGACCACCAUCAGCCCUGAUUCUGUAUCAGUUUCUGUGACAUCCAUAGAUAGAAAGGUCUUCGACAUCACAUUCAACUCUCAGAGAGGUGACUGGCCAAAUCUAGAUUACUUGCUUCCCAAUGGUAGUUCUGUAGUUGUGCAGGUCUCUGAGGAGACAAAGGGUCAGCCAAGCAUGGAGAGUUUCCAAUUGGAAUUUGCAGGAAAACCCACAGCUAGCAUCCCAAUAGCUGCAAAAGAGGAGGAGAUUGAAGCAGCUGUAAACCAUAUAUUUGGAUACCGUUGUCCUGCAGACAUUGGCAACCCAGCAUUUAAGAAAUUAUUCCUGGAUUAUGAAGAUGGCAGGAGGCAUUAUUCUGGUGAAAGAGUGACAAACAUUGCACCCUAUUGUGGCAAGACAUCAUUGAAGAAUCCUGAUGAUGUGUUUAGCGAGGGCUCUAACACCAUCUUCCUCGCACAGUAUAAAUAUCUGUGUUUUGCCUAUAGGGGAGCCUGGAAUAACUACAUAAAGAUCUACUAUAAAUACAUGGAUAAUGAAAAUCGGGAAAGCAAUCAUGGAUUCCCACAUGAUCUCACUACUGACCCUCUUGAUGAACAAUCACGAGGUUGGGGCUAUACUUGCUUCAAUAUGUACACUGCUAUAGCUGCCCGUCACCCAAGUGGGAAUAUGUUCCGAGUGACAAAGAUAAGACUAGAGAGAAGAAACUAUGCCUGGGUAGAUGUCUUGUAUGUUGGACAGAGACCAACUGUAUGGAUGCCUGAAUAUACAUCUGGAUCUCUCAAACUUGAAGAUCUCCCUGAACAAAUUCUUGCGCCUCCCUCCCCAAAUGGGCAAAUAGUAACAUCAGUUGCUGUAGAAAGAACAGGAGAUGCAAUUAAACUAACACUUACUGCUUUAGAGUGCUCUCAUAACUUUCCAUUGUUCAAAGUACGAGGUGGAAAUGUUGAAUCUGGAAGUGAUGCCCUGGGAAGUGUCAAUGCCACAUUUGGAGCUAGUAAUUGGGGGAAUGCCAAAGUGGUCACAAACAGAGUCUCUUCGGCAACUCCCCCUGUUGCUGGCACUUUUGAUGUUACCUUCAAGAAUGAAACAGUUACAAUGCCCACUCAUGUGGAAGCAGAUGAAUUCAGAGACAUCUUUAUGACAUUACCAACAUCAGGUGUUGUUACAAUCACAAGAUCAGGCACAUGUUCUGACAGGAGCUAUGGGAUUACAUUUGAAACAAAUACUGGCGAUCAGCCAGAGAUUCAGAUUGACUCGACUGGAUUAACAGGUAUCAACGCCAACUCCAGUGUACACACAUCCAGAGAUGGGGGAGUAUUUCUGGAUCCUGUGGGUGGGGAUUGGUUACGUACUGCUCAUGACACACCCCAAGUGUCUUUGAUGAUCAAUAACAUUCCAACCAAGUGCUCGGGUGACUGUUCCUUUGUCUACAGUGAAGCUGCCACUCCAACAGUAACAGCCAUAUCUCCAACUGAAGGAUCUUCAAGUAACAACACUGAGUUGACCAUAAAUGGAACACUAUUUGACACCACUCCAGCUAACAAUGUAGUUCUGAUAGGUGGUAUUGUGUGUGAUGUGACUGCCUCAACAGCCAAUCAGAUUACUUGUACUAUUGGAAAUGGACCUGCGGGUGAAGCAGAUGUUGAAGUGAGAAUUGAGGGCAAAGGAAAUGCAGUACAUGUGAAUGAAACUUUUCUUUUCACAUACCAGGCAUACAUAACAGACAUAUCUCCAACAUCAGGCAGCUUGGCAGGAGGCACAGUAUUAUCAAUUAAUGGCAGUGGAUUUGCCCCAUCUGCAAAUGUUGAAAUAGGUGGCGCCAACUGCUCUGUGAAGUCUCGGAGUUACUCCAGCAUUGUGUGUAGCACACCUCCUUCAGUGUUAGCAGAAGAUGCCAAGGUACAGGUCAUCCAGGCUAGUGGAGCAAUAACCAGCGGGACUAACUUCACAUAUGACCAGGCACUCACCCCUACUAUUUCAAGUAUAUCUUCACACAUUGGGAGUGUUGUGGGUGGUGAAACUAUAGCUAUUGCGGGAACGUUGUUUGGUCCCUCAGCCAGUGGGGAAGAUGCAGUCACUGUGGCUGGGGUGGCGGUAACAAUUGAAUCCUGGAAUGAUACAUACAUAUCAGUGACACUUCCCGCCCUACCCCCAGGCUCCUACCCCCUGCUUGUUGAUGUUGGAGAUGAUGGAUAUGCUGAUCUUAAUGCUAACAGUAUCCCAAAUAUUCUUGUCACACUGGAGGUUAAUGAAAUCUCUCCAUUGGUUGGCUCACUGAAUGGAGGCACUAAAAUCACAAUCACUGGCAAUGGCUUCACUUCUAAUGCAUCAAAGGAGAUCCUGAUUGGUGGAGCAAAUUGCGAAAUAGAGUCUGAGAGUAUGACUGAAAUUGUAUGCGUUGUUGGCGAGCCAGGACAAGUGUAUCAUGUUGAUAAUAGUGGGGUACAUCCAAUUCAUGGCGCUAGUUAUGCCUGGAAUCCUGCUAUAAUGGAGAUCAUGACUGGAGACAGCAUACACUGGAGCUGGAAAGCCCCUGAGUUGAUCACCAGUGUAGGAUACCUGGUCCAAGAAACAGCUACCAGCAUUGCUAGAGAAUACAAGCCUGGUGGUUUCUCUAGUGGUUCUGCUAUAACUCCAAUCGGUUCAUUUCAACAUCAAUUCAACACACCGGGGAUCUACUAUUACUGGAGUGACUUCGUUGAUGCCCAAUUCAGUCUCAUAAUGCGAGGAACAAUUCGUGUCUUGGAUAGAAGCAAAUACUACGGCCAGGUCUCUAUUAAAUUAAAUGGAAUUGAAGCUGAUUACAACAUAAGUCAACCUGAAUAUGAAACCACAGCUGACUAUGUCACCACACCAACAACUGUACAAAGUACAACAGAUGAAGAAAGUACAACUGCAGCUGAAGGAAGCACAACAGCCAUAGAAAGUACAACAAACAAUACUUCCCAUAAUGCAACAACUGUGGAAGUAACAACAGCUAUGGUUACGACAGCUGUUUCAAAUACGACUAAUGAUACAACUGAGGAAACAACAGCUGCUCCUGAAGUGACAACAGCUGCAUCAUCUGGUCACAGCCGUAGGAAACGAUCUAUUUGCUCCCCUGUCACAGGUGAGGUGCCUGGAUGUAACAGUACAGCUCCCUCUAGUGACAGCAGUGGCUCCACCUUUAACUUUCAGUUCACAGACUGUAGCACAGCAACAAUAUCAGGCAUCAGCCCUAACAGUGGAACAUCUCUGGCAGAUAUAACAAUUACAGGAAAUGGGUUUGGGCCGGAAACGUGUCAAAAUGAUGUUAAGAUUGGAAACCAACCCUGUGUCGUGUCUUCUGCUAGUGAUACCUCAAUAAUAUGCCGUAUAGACCAUGGUGGCAUACAACAGACUGGUGUAGCAUACCCAGUCUCAGUCAGUGUAAAUAACAGAGGAGAGGCUGCUAAUCUCAUCUCUGCAACAUUAGAGCGUAGUUUUGCUCUUUUGCCAGAGGUCAGCUCUGUUAGUCCAUCUGUGGGUUCAACUUCAGGAGGUUUAAGAUUGACUGUCACAGGUUCAGGAUUUUCUGGCAGUUAUGGAAGCACAUCUGUGAGCAUUGGUGGUACAGAUUGCCCUAUAGAUGAAGUAACGUACACAGCAAUUAUUUGUUCUACAAGUGCUUCUAUUGAAACAACUGGGGAUGUUGUUGUCUCUGUAGGAUCAUUCACAUCAACUUGUGAAGGAACAUGCACAUUUCAGUAUUCAGCCAGUGUGACACCAACGGUCACAGAUGUCUCACCAACCAUCGUUUCUGGAGCAUCAACAGCUUUAACAAUCAAUGGAACAAACUUUGGAAGCAAUGAAACAGGAGUUGUGAUCACAGUUGGAGAAACUCUAUGUGGAGUAACUGCAAUUUCCAGCACAUCAAUAAUUUGUGACCUUGGUUAUGUAACAGUUGGACCUCAGGUUUUCUCAUUGGUGGUCACGAAUCAGGGGUCAGCAUUGUCCGAAGGUUAUGCCUCUCUCACCAGUUCUGCAUUGAUAUACUCAGUCAGCCCUACAGAAGGGAGCAUCAAUGGUGGUACAAGCAUCACUAUUGCAGGCAAUGGAUUCGCACCUGCUGAUACCACUGUAUCUGUAGGUGGUGUAGAUUGUACUAUAGAAACCAUCUCCAUAUCUGAGUUAACAUGCAUCACAGGUGCACAUUCUGCCGGUACAGUAAAGAUAAAUAUAAAUUCGAAUGGUAUAUACUAUCCACAACAAGACUUCAAUUUCUCAUCAUCACUUACCCCUGUUGUGGAUAGUGUAAGCCCCACAUCUGGAGGAACUGGGGACUCCAUUAUCAUAUCAGGGACAGGACUUAAUGAAAAUGCUACUGUUACGCUUGGAUCAAUGUGUGUGAUCACCUCUGCUACAGCUACAAAUAUAACAUGUACCCUUGGCGCCUCAUCUGCUGGGAACUACACCAUCAAUGUCGACAUACCUGGAAUAGGACUGGCGACAUCUAAUAUUAUUUUCACAUACACACUCAGAGCUGACUCGAUCUCUCCAUCAACUGGUAGUUUUGGAGGAGGUCAGAUUGUGACAGUGUCAGGCGUAGGGUUUGAUCCAACAGAUGUUGUUGUUGCUGUAUGUAACGAGACAUGUGUGGUUGAUAAAGCGGGAAGCAACUCAACUGAUGUCCUGUGUGAAAGUCCUUCCAGCUCAGGUAGUGGCACUCAGGCCUGUGAUAUCAUUAUCUCAUCUGGCUCCAGUAGUGACACAUUGACCAAUGGCUACACCUAUAACAGUGCUAACACCCCUGCUGUGACAUCAGUCUCACCUGACAGGGGUGGCACUGGGGGUGGACUUGCGAUCAGUAUUGCAGGAACAGGCUUUGGAUCUACCAAUAGUGAUGUGAAUGUGACUAUAGCGGGUACAGUGUGUAUGGUGACUUCAAUGACAGAUACCUUGAUACAGUGCAUCACAGGUGUUCAUUCAGCAAUAGAAUCUACCAAUGGUGAUGUGAAUGUGACUAUAGCAGGUACAGUGUGUAUGGUGACUUCAGUGACAGAUACCUUGAUACAGUGCAUCACAGGUGUUCAUUCCCCAGCAAUACAAACCAAGGUCAGGGUAGAGAUUGGUACAAAUGGAAUUGCAACACAAGAUGGUGCAGAUUUCUGGUACAUUGAUGUAUAUUCAUCCCCCUACUCAUGGGGAGGUAACCUGCCACCUGUGGCUGGAGACUUUGUUGUGGUCCCUGAUUCCAUGACACUGCUUAUAGACACUGACACACCAAUCUUGAGUUUUCUACUCAUUUUAGGUGGCACUGUGAUAUUUGAUGAUUCCCGUGACAUCCAUCUCCAAGCAGAGAACAUCUUAAUCAUGGGAGGAGGCUCUUUACAGAUUGGUUCUGUGGAUAAUCCUUACCAACAUAAAGCAGGGAUCACCCUGCAUGGUCACCCAAGGAGCCCGGAGUAUCCAAUAUAUGGCACCAAGGCCCUUGCAGUCAGGGAAGGAACACUUGAACUACAUGGUCGACCUGUUAGCCCAACAUGGAGCCAUCUAGCCUCUACAGCAACAGCUGGAUCUUCAAGCAUCACCCUGAAUGAUGCACUUUCUGGGUGGAAUGUUGGAGAUGAAAUUGUCAUAGCAACAACUGGAGGCCAUAUGAGUCAGCGGGAAAAUGAAAAGAGAACAAUCACUGCAAUAUCAGGAAGUAUAUUGACACUCAAUACACCUUUGGAAUUCGAGCAUCUUGGUGUAACAGAAACCUUCUCUGAUGGGACUGUCAUUGAAUUCAGGGCUGAGGUGGGCCUGUUGUCUCGAAGCAUCACUGUUAGAGGAUCAAACAAUCCUCAAUGGCAUGACACUAUUGAGGCUUGCCCAGAUGGUUUUAAUCCAGGUGAAUUUGUUACACAGACCUGUUUCCAAGGCAGGUUUGGUGAGGAGAUGGGGAAUGAUCAGUUUGGUGCACAGAUUAUGAUUCAUGCUCCAGAGAAAGAUAAGAAGAUAGCUGUAGCUCAUAUUUCAUAUGCCGAAGUGACAUAUGCUGGACAGGCCUUCCGUCUUGGCCGCUAUCCUGUCCACUUUCAUCUCAAUGGGGACAUGUCUGGAAGUUAUGUAAAGGGAUGUGCUAUCCAUGAGACAUUCAACAGAGCCAUCAAUGUCCAUGGCAGCCAUAAUCUACAAAUUGAGAAUAAUGUUGUGUAUAAUGUAAUGGGUGGAGCAUUGUUUUUAGAAGAUGGCAUAGAAACUGGUAAUGUAUUUGAUCACAAUUUAGUUGUCUUCUGUAAACAGAGCACCAGUUUACUGAAUGAUGAUAUCACCCCAGCUGCAUUUUGGGCGACAAAUCCCAACAAUACAUACAUAAAUAAUACAGCUGUUGGUGGCACACAUUUUGGCUUCUGGUACCGUAUGCAUAAACACCCUGAUGGUCCAUCAUUUACGAACAGCAUAUGCCCGCAAAAUGUGCCCUUGGGACUCUUCAAGGACAACACUGUUCACUCUCAGGGAUGGUUCGGGAUCUGGAUCUUCCAGGAGUAUUAUCCCAAGAAGGGUGGCGGCUGCAAUUCAAAAGAAGAUGAACCUGCUGUAUUCCAAACACUCACAGCAUGGAACUGUGAAAAAGGAUCCGAAGCAGUGACUGUCGGAGCAAUUCAAUUUGAUGGCUUCCGUAUGGUCAAUAACAAACUUGCUGGAAUUGAGUAUAAAGAAACAUUCACCCCAAAUAAAUACACCCAAAAGGGGGCACUUGUAAAAAACAGUGUCAUAAUUGGGGACUCAGCUGAAUCUGACUCUAUUGGGUGUACUUUAAAUGGUAUUGUGCUUCCUUUUACACCUGGUUUCGUGGUUGAAGACACAAAGUUUGUUAACUUUGAUAGUGGAAGUUGUUCAGCAUUUGCAGUCACACGGAUAGAUGGUAAAUGCAAAUUUAGGUGUGGGGGUUGGGAUUACAUAACACAUGGCUUGAGCUUUUAUGAUGCCCCAAACAAAGCUAGGUUUGCGUGGGAACACGAGGGUAUUAUUCGAGACUUAGACGGGACCCUUACAGGAACAGCAGGGGCUCAGGUGACUGUUAACAAUGGACUCCUUCCAAGCACAUGCUCCGUGAAUUCUGAAUUCAGUGUUGGAAUGGAUGGUGUUAUCUGCUCUGAUCCUGCGAUGAAAUUCAUGAGGUUCUCCUUCAAUCAACCUCUGCCAAGAUCACUUGAGGCAAAGGAUGCAAAUUUCACCAAUGAGUUUGGUUCAUCUGCUGUACCAUAUUUGAAAAAGAGGCUGACCCACCCAUUUGGCUGGAUGGUCUCGUUGGUGUCAGGCUACCAGUAUGAUAUGGUGUUCGACAAUGCAGACCAGAUCACUAACCUUACAUAUAAUGGGAAAUUUUAUGGAUUAACUAAUGAUGAGUAUGCUAUUAUAUUGCACAGCAUGCACCAAGCCCCUGAUAGGUUCACUGUCGACCCAAGUGGAGCAUUUAGGAACAGUAGCUCUACUGCAUUGACAUACAGUGGGAACCAGUUAUAUGAUUACAGAUUUGAUGACAACACUAAUGAGUUCACUUAUUUAAUUACUGGCAAGUCUCAAUCUAAACGAUCUUUAGAUGAGAAUACAGAUUACUAUGGCAAUGAAUAUUGGGUCAAACCAAAAGUAUAUCGUUGUUAUUUUGCUGACUGUAUUGAACCAAUUGAGCCUGAUUUGUUACCACCGUCCAAUGAGAGACCUGCAGAGUUUGAUGUUUGGUCCGAUGGUGCCUAUUGGGCAGGUGGCGGGAGAAGAAAAAAGAGGUCACUACCUGUAGAUGGCGAUGAUGUUGAAAUCAGAGGAGGAACUUGGGUUGUGGUUGAUAUAUCAACCCUUCCAAACAUCAACAGACUUACAAUUAAGGGUGCUUUGGAAUUUGAUGGAAACCCCGAUCCAACUACUGGGUUAGUGAGGGACUUCACUUUGAAUGUUACAACAAUCUUCAUUGUUAGAGGACGUCUGAUUAUUGGCUGGCCUGAAAAGCCGUACACUGGGCUCUGUAACAUCAUCCUCAAUGGGAACCUAGAGACACCAGAUCUGGUUCUACCUAAUGGUCCUGUAGUUGGGUCUAAAGCUAUAGGAGUAUUUGGAGGGCUUGACUUGUGGGGAGUGGAACGUACAGUCACUUGGACAACUCUUGCCCAAACUGCAACUGCUGGAACCAAUCAGAUAUCUCUCAAAGAUGCCGUAGAUUGGGUAGCUGGAGAAGAGAUUGUCAUCGCAGCCACAGGUUUCAAUUCAUGGGAAACAGAAACAUUUGCUAUAACUGCAAAAUCAGCGGAUAAUCUGACAUUGACCUUGAACUCAUCUUUAACCUUCAAUCACCAAGGUUCAGCUCAAACUUAUGGCUCCUACAGUGUUGACCUUGCAGCUGAGGUUGGCUUACUAUCUAGGAAUAUUAAAAUUAUUGGAGAUGAUUACAACAAACUUUAUGAAGAGUCAUUUGGUGCUAGAAUUCUUGUUGGAUUCUUUAGUCAGUCUGGUAGAGCAUAUACAGGUUGGGCUCGUAUAAGCAAUGUGGAAUUCUACAGGUCUGGCCAAGAGGGCUAUACUGAGGACUACGACCCAAGGUACUCUCUGGCCUUCCUGAACACUGGUACUAACAGCGAACUUACACCCUCACUCAUCAGGAAUAAUGCCUUCCAUCAUGGCUUUUCUCCUGCUAUUGGUGUGUUUGGAGCAAAUGGAAUGCCCAUUGAGAAUAAUGUGGUGCAUCACACUGUUGGAUCAGCAAUACGACUAACUGGAACACAGCAUGUACUUCGAAAAAACCUUGUGACUCUGAUGACAUGGCCAGGCUCUUACCAAGAUCGUUCAGAGCCCUUCAAUUUUUACUGGGACGCGGGGAUAGAGAUAUUUGAUGCAGCUAGUGUAACAAUGGAGGGCAACCAUGUAGCAGGGUCUGAGAGAUCUGGUUAUCACAUAGAUGGCGUACCAUGUUCAGGUGGCAUUGAAUCUUGGAAAGAAAAUGUGGUCCACUCCAGUCUAUUUGGUAUAUACAUAUUGGGAGAAACUCUGCCAGGUACUUUCUCGGGAAGCUGUCUCCAGAUUACGAAUUUCACGAUCUGGCGUAGCGUGCAUGCAGGUGUCUACAUUCAACAGGGCAUUAACCAUGUACAUAUAUCAAACGUGAAACUACUGGACAACACUCUAGGUGCUGGCAUGCUAAACAUUGGGCCUGCUGCUUUAAGUCACGUGGGUGUAGAGAAAUCAUUCACAAUUAGUGAUUCACUGAUUGUUGGCACCAGUGAUGACUUUGAAUGUUCCAUGACCAUCCCAAAUGAUGUAAAUAUUGCCCUGAGUAGUCUAGCUAGCACUGGCAAGACUCAGACAGGGGGUAGACAAGGUCUAUUCUGGCCAAGCUUCAUGUCAUCAGACAACGCUGCACCAACCAAGAAAUUCCUAGGACUUAUAUCUUACCCAGCUCUGUAUGGGAAAGUUGAUGUUGAUGGCGUUACAUUUGCUAACUUUGGUGUAAACUCAUGCGGUCAAAGGGAUGUUGUUAUAUCAACCAAUCCCAAGAACCCUGAUGCACAGCAUCCUAUAUACAUCUCCAAUGCUGUAUUGGUCAACGUUGAUGAUGACAGCAAGGUCUUUAUUCAUAGGCCUAGUCUGGGUCAAAUUAAUCCAAGUGAUUGUGUUGAUAUGGAAUGUGAUGCCAAGAAGAAAGCCUUGAUUGAUGAUCUUGAUGGAACGUACCUGGGAAGUGUGGGGGCUGUCAUACCAAAGUCUGAACUUGGCUGGGGAGAGGACCGAUCUAGAGGAAUAGGAGACUAUAGGAUACCGAAGGCCAUGCUGACUGACUUGGAUGGCAAUAGAAUACCUGUUCCUGAUCUUGCACCAAACAAAGGUAUCAUUCGAGAUGACACAUGUGUGUACAAAGAAACGUGGCAAGCUUAUGAAUGCCAUGGUCUUGACUAUGAGAUGAUGAUCAUUGAGAGCUUGGACGGAGACACUGAGACACGACGUCUUUCUCCUGUUGCUCUCUUAGGGGAUGGCUACAUGGAUCUAAUAAAUGGACCUGCAGAUCAUGGUUGGUGUUUUGGAUACACAUGCCAGAAACGUAUUUCUACAUUUUAUAGUUUAGUUGCAACUGGGAAGCAUUAUGACUUGUAUUUCUCAAGCACUACUCCACAAAACUUAAGAUUUCAUCUUUUGAAUGUUGACGACACUAAGACUGUUCGCUUAGCAGUUUAUUAUAAGGCUCCGUACAGACUUGAUGUUUAUGUGGGAGGAGUCUACUUCCCACCACUGAACCAUGACUUUAAUGAAAAUGGGGAUAUGAUCCUCAAACCACCAACAAGCUUUGAUGAGUAUCACCCAGAUAUAGUGAAUGGCAGUGCAGGGGAUAAUUAUGUAGAUAGAGACUGGCGGGAAAUAUAUGUCUUAAUCCGUGGCAAAGCUCCUGUGACGAUUCGACAAGUUUCUGUCUUAUAUGUUAGCUUUAAUGUCCCUGCAUUGACAAUUGAUGCAUUCUUUGGAGAGAACUUAAUCUCUAAUUUAGCAGCACUUUUGAAAAUUGAUCCAAGUAAGAUAAAAAUCAUGGAAGUCAUUAGUGCAAACUCGAGAAAGAAACGUAGCAUUUUCCGUUCAAAGAGAGCUGUAGGAUCGGACAGUAUCACUCUUGAAAUUGGUGAAUCACCUGAAUCCGAACUGACUGAUAGUGACACCCCUAAUCCUGGAGAUCUGACUCCUAGUGACUUGGGUGAAGCAUCUACUACUAUCAUCAAUGCAAUCCAAACGGGAAGCAUCGCCAAAGCUCUUAAUACAAGUGUCUCUGAAAUUAUUGUCUUGGAACCAGUUCCCGAUGUCAGUGAUGAUAAAUGGACAGAGUUUGAUGAAAAUGAACAGGUUGGGUCUGGAACAUCCUAUGUUAAACCUGCAGCAAUGGAGUAUAUCACAGCAUUAGAUUCUGAUUAUGAGUUUGCACCAUUCCCCAUACAGCCAGAGUUCAUUUUUAAAGAUGCAGCGGGUGCUGUUCUACCCGCAGUUGGCUCAUUUUCUAACCCAUGGCGAGUAUCUGCUUCACUUAAGUCAGGAACUGGUGACUCCAAUGCAGUUCUUCUUGGUGAAACAACUGCAAGAUUUAUUGAAGGAAAAGCAACAUUUGCUGACCUUGCAAUUUCACACACAGGUUACGGGUACCAGUUAGAGUUUGUGUUGACAUAUCCAGAGAAUCUCACUGACUUUAAUGCAACAUCUGAUGCUUUUGAUAUCGCAACGGCUCCAAUGAGUGGAAAUGUGACAAUUCCUGCUGUGCAGGUGUUAUCUGGUGAAGAUAUUGUUAUGGACAUUGUGUUGGUGGAUGGAAACACACUGGAAGCACACGGUGAUCCAUCCUGGAAGGGUCACACAUGGAGUACUAAUGUAUCACUAAGUGAGUAUAGUGCAGGAGUGGGAACUAUAGAUGGUGCAGAUUCAUCAUUUGUUAUCAACGCAACAUCUGGUGAAGCAACCCUUAAUGGCAUCUCAAUGACAACCUCAUCACCCAGUCGCAUCUUCCUUGAUGUUCAUAUAAGAUCGAGUCCUGAAGAUUAUGAUUUCACUAUCAUGGUUGGACCUAUAGAUGUUAUGCCUGCAGAUUAUCAACCAAUCGUUUUUGAUACGACAAAAGAGGUGAAGUUGAAAUUUGCUUUGGACUAUGAGGCAACUAUUGGAGGAAAAGAGAAGUUCUUUAUAGGAGCAAUGUGGAACCAUUUCAUGCCGAUUUAUUACACAAAUGGAACAUUUGUAGAUUGGAGUGUGGAAGAGGGGAGCAUUGUGUUGAUAUUUAAUGUGCAAGGAAUUGGAGCGGAGAUGGAUAACACCAUAUUGUCAGGAAUCUACUCUGAAGUACGGAAUGGAUUGGAUGUAACCUUUGAUGGAGAUGUCUUAACUGCCAGUAGCUCUAUGUCUGUUGAUGGAGCAUCAUUCACUGGAGGAGAUCAACCUGUUGCUGCAACUGAGUCACCUGUUACAUUGAUUAUCAUCAUUGUUGUUGUGAGUGUGGUCAUCAUAGUGAUCAUCGUUGUCAUAAUUGUCUUUCUGAAGAAAUUGAAGAGCAGAAAAACAAAAAUAGGAAGCAUUAGCCCCUUAGUGAGAACAUCCCUUAGACCAGUGUCAUCCACUAAGCUACCUCCAUAUAGUUCAGAGUCAAAGCAUGACCCAGAGCCCUCCCCAAGAGCCCCUUCAAGGGGGUCUACAGAUGGCAUAUGUAAUAAGCUCUCCCCUGCCCCUAGUGAGGUUCAAAUCAAGGACUGUGAAGGUAAAGUCUCUGCUCCAAAAGUGUCUGGUGUGCGAAACCGAGCAAUGUCCUCUACAUCAUCAGGCUCCUCAGAUUCGACUUUAUCAUCAAGAAUGUCAACCCCUUCAACAACAACCAAUACCUCUACUGAAAACCAUAACAGAAAAGCCUCAAAACAGCCAUUGAAAGAAGACAAUGCUGAACCUGCUGAUAAAGCAAGGAUGAAUCAACCUUGGUAUAAGACUGAGGAGCCCACGUUGAUGGGGAAACAUUCAGUCACUGAUGAUGUUGGGCCCACUCAGUAUAAAUAUAUUGAAGAUGGUGGUAUUGAUGGAGACAAAGAAAAACAUGCAAUGGUCAAGUCAUCUGAGGCGUUUAAACCCAAUCAGACACAGAUUACUUCUAUCUAUGAUACUGAUGAGAUGAAAUUAUGAGCAAUAUUCUGGUUUUAAUUUCGACCAUGGGCUCUAACACCUGAUAGAGCCCAUGAUUUUGAUGCACAUAACAUUGUAAUAUUGCAUUUGUUCAGCAUCCUGAUUUUGAUAUUGAUUACAACAUGGCAUUGAUUAAUAAUAUAAAACAUGUAAUUGUUCAAUAUUAUAUUGAUGACUCAAUAUAUUCUGCUAUUAUACAGUCUGUAAACACCAUGUGGAGUUUGAUGAAAUGAUGAUCAGACAAUGUUGUUUUGUGAACGUGUAAAUAUUCCUUUGUCAUUACCUUUGAAAACACAUGUCCAUUCUGCAAAAAUUGUGAAGAAUUAAAAUGUGGUAUACAUCACAUAUACAUGUGCUGUACAUGUAUUAUACUGUAAUGCCAUCAAAAUGUGUGUAUAGUCACGGACCUGAAGUCCGUGGUAUAGUGUGGGAAAUGGUAAAUGAUAUU